AACAUUUACAGAGUACAAAAUACUAGCAAUUUUGCAAUAAAAAUAUUCAGCAUGGGAUUUCGUUUAGCUCUCGUUUGCUCAGCCAUCGUGUUGCUAAGCAUCUCCGGCUUAAGCCAUGCCGGAGUCACCAGUAGCUACACCAGAGUAGCUGAACCUUCUGAAGAGAUGCCACUUGAAACCUUCCCUCCUCCUGCCGGCUUAAACGCUCCAGAACAAGUUCAUAUAACGCAGGGAGAUCACAACGGUCGAGGUAUGAUAAUCUCGUGGGUGACGCCGAUAAACGAUGAUGGUUCUAACUUCGUUAAAUACUGGAUCACGGAUAGUGAUGAGAGUACAAAGGAGAGCGCUGAAGCAUCAACGUCGUCCUACACAUACUACGACUACACCUCUGGUUUUCUUCAUCACGCCACUAUUAAAGGGCUUAAGUAUGAUACUAAGUAUUUCUACGAGCUCGGAACCGGUCGUUCCAGUAGACGUUUCUCCUUCACAACUCCUCCAAAAGCCGGUCCAGAUGUUCCCUAUACAUUUGGCGUCAUUGGUGAUCUAGGGCAAACCUAUGCCUCUAACCAGACAUUGUAUCACUAUAUGUCGAACCCUAAAGGCCAAGCGGUGCUUUUUGUCGGAGACUUGUCGUACGCAGAUGACCACCCGAACCACGACCAAAGAAAAUGGGAUUCUUAUGGCCGAUUCGUGGAACCAAGUGCUGCGUAUCAGCCUUGGAUAUGGGCUGCAGGGAACCACGAAAUAGAUUUUGCACCAUCAAUAGGCGAGACUCAGGCUUUCAAGCCGUACAAAAACCGUUACCACGUUCCCUAUAGAGCCUCGAAGAGUACUUCUCCACUUUGGUACUCAAUAAAACGAGCCUCAGCUUACAUCAUCGUACUCUCCUCGUACUCAGCUUUUGACAAGUAUACACCACAAAACUCGUGGCUCGAGAGUGAGCUCAAGAAAGUAAACAGAGAAGAAACUCCGUGGUUGAUUGUUCUUGUUCACUCGCCGUGGUACAACAGCAACGGUUAUCACUAUAUGGAAGGUGAAAGCAUGAGAGUCACGUUCGAGCCAUGGUUCGUCGAAAACAAGGUUGAUAUUGUCUUUGCCGGUCAUGUUCAUGCGUACGAGCGAUCAGAGCGUGUCUCCAAUAUCAAGUACAAUAUCACUGAUGGUUUGAGUUCUCCGGUUAAAGAUCCAUCUGCUCCGAUUUAUAUCACCAUUGGGGAUGGAGGCAACAUAGAAGGAAUCGCUAACGAAUACACGUACCCGCAACCGAGUUACUCAGCUUAUAGGGAAGCUAGUUUCGGACACGCUCUCCUAGAGAUUAAGAACAGGACACACGCCCUUUACACUUGGCAUAGGAACCAAGAUGACGAGCCAGUUAUAGCCGACUCUCUGUGGGUGAAGAAUAGACACUUCUUGCCGGAGGAGGAGGAGACACUUUCCGGCGACUCGAGUGCCUGAUUUGCUUUUGUUUUUUCUAGUUUUAAUUUUCUUUUUUGUUAGGAUUUUUUUUUUCUCUUUUUAGAAAAAAUAACGUUAGACAGUGUUCUUUGAACUUUGUUAUGUUUUGUUAGUUUUGUAAGUUUUAUCUACUAGCUGUGUUAUUAUUUUAUUCUAGAAAUGAUAAUAAUUCCAACACGUACAAUACUUUAUGUGC